AUGACCUGUGACCUGUGCCUCCUAACCAGCGCACGUAUGACUGGCUGGCAUACUUUGGCAUACUUUUGGUUCUGGCUCUCAGCCAAUGCAACUCCCGCUACAUUCUACGGUGUCAAUGCAGCCAUGGCUGCCGGUUUGAGUGUCUGGGAGGCCCUGGCCUGCCAGUUUGGGGAACAGGUCAUGAUCGCUAUUGUGUUUUGCUUCAACGGGCGUCCAGGUGCGGUAUACCACAUCCCCUACCCGGUCAUUGCACGCACCUGUUUUGGCAUUUGGGGAUCCUACUGGCCCAUCGUCAACCGAGUGGUGAUGACGCUGGUCUGGACCGGCGUCAAUGCAGUCCAGGGAGGGCAGUGUGCCUAUGUCCUGUUGCAUGCCAUCUUCCCUUCGAUCGCGCGAAUUCCUGACAUCUUUCCUCCGGGAAAGUCGGCCCUCACAUCGGGGGGCAUGAUUGGGUUCAUGGUAUUUUGGGUCGUAACAGCCUACUCCUGCAUAUCAAAAUUUUGGAUUUGA